AUGACAGCGAAUUGCAGUCAACUGCUGCUACGGCAGCACCGACAGCACCGCCGAGCCACCUCGCCGCCGCCCAGACAACGCGCUGCAGUGCAGCGUCGCUUCGCCUUUCGGCAGGUGGUGAACACGCUGUACGAGGUGGGCUACUCCAUCUCGUUCGCGGCGCUCGUGGUGUCACUGGUCAUCUUCUUCUCAUUCCGCUCCCUGAAGUGCACGCGCAUCGCCAUCCACGUGCAGCUGUUCCUGUCGUUCGCGGCCAACAACCUGGGCUGGAUCGUCUGGUACCGCAGGGUCGUCGGGGACCCGGCCGUAGUCAGCGAAAACUCGGUGGCGUGCCAGGCGCUGCACGUGGCGCUGCAGUACCUGAUGCUGGCCAACUACCUGUGGAUGUUCUGCGAGGGCCUCCACCUGCACCUGGCGCUGGUCGUCGUCUUUGUCAAGGACGAGUCGGCGAUGCGCUGGUUCCUGCUCGUGGGCUGGGGACUGCCGCUGCCCAUCGCCGCUCUCUACGUGGGGGUCCGAAUGUCGCGGCCUGCUGACGUGCUACAGUGCUGGAUGCACGACAGCACGGCGCAGUGGGUGCUGACGGUGCCGGUGUGCCUGUCGCUGGUGGCGAGCGCCGUCUUCCUGGUGAACGUGGUGCGCGUGCUGCUCACCAAGCUGCACACCCACUCGGCCAACCCGACCCCAGUGGGGAUGCGCAAGGCGGUGCGCGCCGCCGCCAUCCUGGUGCCGCUGUUCGGCCUGCAGCACGUGCUGCUGCCGUUCCGGCCGGCACCGCACGAGCCGGGCGAGCGCGCCUACCAGCUCAUCUCAGCCGUGCUCGUCUCGCUACAGGGCCUGUGCGUGUCGUGCCUGUUCUGCUUCGCGAACGUGGACGUGCACGGCGCGUUGCGUCCGCUGCUGCGCCGGCUGUGGGGGCGGCAGCGCGCAGCCUCGAUGCACACGCAGAGCCGCGACGUCUGCGCCGGGGGCGGCGCCGUCGGCGGGGGCGGCGGCAGCCGCAGCCUCCGCUCUCCGGAGCCGCCGCCGUCUCCGCCUCUGCUGCGCCACGCCGUCAGCGUCGUCUGA